AUGGCCACUGGCUCAGAGAGUGAUAGGGUUGCUUUGCUUUCUCUCAAAGAUAAGUUCACCAAUUGUGCUCCAGAAGCUCUACCUUCAUGGAAUGAUUCUAUCCUUUUCUGCAAAUGGCAAGGCGUUACAUGCAGUCCCCGUCACAUGAGAGUCUCAGCUUUGAACUUGACAAAUCAAAAUUUUGGAGGUACUAUUGCGCCAAUAUUAGGUAAUUUAACAUUUCUUAAACUGCUCAAUCUUUCGUAUAAUGAAUUGCAUGGUCAAGUUCCCAAACAAAUUGGCCAUCUAAGACGACUACAAUUUCUUGAUUUGAGUAAAAAUCAUCUUGAGGGAGAAGUCCCUGCAGAGCUGGCCAACUGUUCUAAACUCGAACAAAUUUUCUUCGGUUACAAUAAUUUGACCGCCAAAAUUCCCUUCUGGUUUGGAUCUAUGCCACAACUAACAAUUUUGAAUCUUGGUGUUAAUGAAUUUCACGGCACAAUACCAAGUUCCUUGGGGAAUCUUUCAUCCUUGGAGAGUUUGUCUCUUGAAUCUAAUAGUUUGGAAGGAAAUAUACCUCAAUCUCUAGGAGGGUUGUCAAAUUUAUACCUUCUCACUCUUAUCGGCAACAAUCUUUCCGAUGUCAUCCCUUCUUCAUUUUAUAAUCUUUCUCGCCUGGAAUAUUUCAAUUUGGGGUACAACCACUUUUAUGGAACUAUUCCAACAAAUAUUGGUCUUUCUUUCCCAAAUCUUCAACAUUUUAAUGUGGGAGGCAACAAGUUGAUGGGAACUAUUCCAGCUUCAUUAUCCAACAUCUCUCAGUUGGAAUUUUUUUCAGUAUAUGAAAAUGCUUUCAGCGGCCUAAUCCCUACCUCUUUGGGAAGACUACAGAAACUACAUAUAUUUUUGAUUUUCAGUAAUAAUUUUGGGAGGAAGGAAGGUGAUGACCUGGAUUUCCUCUCAUCCUUAACAAAUUGUAGUCAACUGCGUGUAAUAGAUAUGUUCAAUAAUAAAUUUAGCAGUGAAUUGCCAAAUUCAAUUGGGAAUUUCUCUUCCCACCUUGAAUGGCUUGGUAUGGGAGUCAAUCGUAUCACUGGAAGCAUACCUAAUGAGAUUGGGCAAUUAAAAGGAUUGAUUGUCCUUGCUUUGCAACAAAACUUUCUUCAAGGCACAUUUCCACAUUCAGUUGGAAAGCUUGAAAAUCUUGGAAAGCUAUACCUAGAAACAAAUCAGUUAUCUGGUAGAAUUCCUGAUAUCUUUGAAAAUCUUACUAAGUUGAUUAUCCUUACAUUUUUCGACAAUAAUUUUGAGGGAACAAUCCCAGUAAGCCUCAAACAUUGUAAAGGUUUGCAAUUCCUGUACAUGCAACAAAAUAACUUAAGCGGCACCAUACCAAAUCUAACUUUUGGUCAUCUAGAAAGCUUAAUAUAUCUUAACAUGUCUUCCAAUUCCUUAAUUGGCCCCAUUCCAUCUGUGAUUGGUAACAUGAAGCAAUUAGUGGGAUUAUAUAUGAGUGAAAACAAUUUUUCUGGUGAUAUUCCAACAGAACUUGGGGAAUGCUUAGAAUUGACAGAUCUUGAUAUGAGCGGGAACUUCCUUCAUGGAAGUAUACCCUCAUCCUUCACUUUCUUAAAAUCCCUCAUCAACUUAGACCUUUCCAACAAUAACUUGUCAGGCACAAUCCCACGACAACUAAAAGAUUUUCCAAUAUUGGAGACUUUGAACCUAUCCCACAACCAUUUUUAUGGUGAGGUUCCAAAAGGAGGAGUAUUUGAUAAUAUCACAGCUAUUUCACUAGCAGGAAAUGAGAAGCUUUGCAGUGGAAUACCUCAAUUAAAGCUGCCUAAAUGCCCAAGUAAGUCGAAGAAGCAUUUCAAAGUUAUAAUCCUUAUCAUUGUAAUAAGCAUUGGUGCUCUUACCAGUUUUGCAAUUUGCUUAAUCAUUUGCAAGAGAAGCAAACAUAAAAGGUUCUCUUCUUCCACGUCUUCCCCACAAAAUGCUCAUUUGAGGGUUACUUAUAAAGAGCUGCAUGAUGCAACUAAUGGAUUUUCAUCAUCCAAUUUGGUUGGUGUAGGAAGCUUUGGUUCUGUAUAUAAAGGAACUCUUCAGCACUUUGAAUGUUUAAUUGUUGUGAAGGUGCUAAAUCUUCAAGCACAUGGGGCAACAAAGAGUUUCAUCACAGAAUGCAAAACUCUGAGUAAAGUCCGACAUAGGAAUCUCUUGAAGAUUCUAACUACAUGUUCAAGUGUUGAUUACAAAGGCAAUGAUUUUAAGGCCCUUGUAUUUGAGUUCAUGCCUAACGGGAGCUUGGAGAAUUGGCUGUCAGCGAAUGAACCAGGUGAACAUAGAGAUUUAUAUAUGAAUUUUAGACAAAGAUUGGAUGUAGCUAUUGAUGUGGCCCAUGCCUUGGAUUAUCUUCAUCAUGGUUUUGAGGAACCUAUUGUUCAUUGUGAUAUCAAGCCAAGUAAUGUUCUUCUUAGUGAUGAUAUGGUCGCACACUUAGGAGACUUUGGAUUGGCUAGGCUUCUUCAUGAAGUUACAAGCUGCUCUGGUGAGAACCAAACUACAUCUUCAGUAAUUAAGGGAACAAUAGGCUAUAUUCCUCCAGAGUACGGUGAAGGAGGCCAAGUUACAACAAAAGGGGAUAUCUACAGCUAUGGGAUUCUUAUGCUAGAGAUGCUCACUGGAAAGAAGCCAACGGAUAAAAUGUUUCAUGAGGAUCUAAGUCUACCCAAAUUCUGCAAGCUAGCAUUACCGGAUGGAGUCCUUGAGAUUCUGGAUCCAAAUUUGCUUGUUCUAUAUGAUAGAGACCAUAGGAAAGUUAUGCGGAAUUCAAAUAUUGAACGCCAAAUUCAAGAGUCUCUAGCUAGCUUUGCUGGGAUUGGUGUGGCAUGUUGUGCAGGAUUGCCUGGUGAAAGAAUGGAUAUCAAAGAUGUUUUAGCAGAGUUGCUUGCAAUUAAGCAAAAACUAUCCACUUUCAACAUUGUCAUAUGA